CUCUCUCUCUCUCUCUCUCUCUCUCCUUCUUCUUCCGUGUGUUCCAUAGUUCCAUCUCAUUGUUUCUUUCUGGAUUCUAUGUACUGAACUGAUCAUAUAUUCAGAAGGAGCUUCUGCCCGUAAACAGAUAUAAAAUUAUCCAUCUUUCUGUACUUGUUCUCCUUCUUUGCUCGGAAAAAUACCGAUAAAGACCUCAGCUUUUUUAGUCGGUCGUCCCUUUCCCUUUCAUUUCAUUAAGUUGGUCAUUUACGAGGGAGUAGUAACUUGGUACUUCCAGAACAACAAGUCAACAAUCUUCAGGAAAGUCGCCAGUUAAACGAAGAAGAAGAUGGUGGAGACAGGGCACAACCACCACCACACUCCGCCACCUCAAGAGGCUGCACCGCGACCUAUGCCGCUUGGAGCGGCAAGGGGUCCCACAUGGACUCCAGCUGAGCAACUCCACCAGCUCCAGUAUUGCAUCCACUCCAAUCCCUCUUGGCCGGAGACAUUCUUACUGGCUUUUCAGCAUUACAUUGUCAUGCUUGGAUCUUUAGUCUUGAUUGCCAGUGUGCUCGUGCCUCGGAUGGGUGGGGAUCAUGGUGAUAAAGCCCGUGUGAUUCAGACGUUGCUUUUCAUGUCAGCAAUAAACACCCUGCUUCAAACGUUUUUCGGAUCAAGGCUUCCAACAGUGAUGAAUGCUUCAUUUGCUUAUAUGUUGCCAGUGUCGUCGAUCAUUAAUGAUUACUCUAAUAGGACAUUUAAAAGUGAACAUGAGAGAUUUGAAGUCACAAUGAGAACGAUUCAAGGAUCCCUUAUAGUAUCUUCCUUCAUCAAUAUCUUCAUUGGCUACAGUAGAGCUUGGGGAAGCUGUACAAAACGGUUUAGUCCCAUUGUUAUUGUGCCGGUGGUUUGUGUGGUUGGUCUCGGCCUUUUCGCAAGGGGCUUUCCACUGCUUGCUAACUGUGUGGAGCUUGGCCUGCCUAUGCUGAUUCUUCUUGUCAUUACCCAACAGUAUCUGAGGCGUAUUCUUCCUAGAGCACAUGCCAUACUUGAGAGGUUUGCCUUGCUUCUCUGCGUUGGGCUUGUCUGGUCAUUUGCUGCUAUCCUUACCGAGGCUGGUGCUUAUAAAAAUGUCGGAGAGCAGACUAAACAAAGUUGCCGCACUGAUCACUCGCACCUUAUAACCUCUGCUCCUUGGAUUAGAUUCCCAUAUCCAUUUCAGUGGGGUGCGCCCAUAUUCAGAGCAAGCCAUGUCUUUGGGAUGAUGGGAGCUGCAAUUGUUACAACUGCAGAGACAACUGGAACAUUAUUUGCAGCUGCUAGGCUUUCAGGUGCAACCCCCCCUCCAGCACAUGUGUUGAGUAGCAGCAUUGGCCUACAGGGUAUUGGCAUGUUGCUUGAAGGAAUAUUUGGUGCUGCUGUUGGUACCACUGCAUCAGUAGAAAAUGUUGGCCUGCUUGGAUUGACACACAUAGGGAGCAGGAGAGUAGUGCAGAUAUCAGCUGCUUUCAUGUUCUUCUUUGCUAUAUUUGGGAAGUUUGGUGCUUUUUUUGCAUCUAUUCCCUUGCCAAUCUUCGCCGCCAUAUACUGUGUUUUAUUUGGGAUUGUUGCUGCUGUUGGGAUAUCAUUCAUACAGUUUGCGAACAAUAAUUCUUUAAGAAACAUGUAUGUUUUGGGGCUUUCCUUGUUUCUUGGGAUAUCAGUACCACAAUAUUUUAUCAUGACCACAACUGCAGAUGGUGUUGGACCAGUUAGAACAGAUGGUAUAUGGUUUGAUGAUUGGUUAAACACGAUCUUCUCUUCGAGUCCGACAGUGGCAAUCAUUGUUGGGACACUGCUUGACAACACGCUCGAUGCCAAGUAUGCAGUCGAUGACAGAGGGCUUGCAUGGUGGAAACCCUUCCAGAAGAGGAACGGAGAUGUCAGAAAUGAAGAAUUCUACAGCCUUCCUGUUAGGAUACGCGAGUAUGUCCCCACGAGAUUUCUCUGAAUAGUAAAUAAACACUAUAGCAUGCCUAUAUGUAUAUCACAGCAGAUUUGUUGUUUUUGUAUGCAUGUUGAGGCUUAAGCUUCUUGUCAUAAGUAUAGAACGAUGUCAUAGAAUCCUGUCAGUACCAAUCAU